CGCGCACGUCCACUGCCUCUGUCGUUAGCCGGAUGAGAGAGAGUCAGUGUUGCCUCAUCGCUGAUUGAAUCUGUGUACCUUUACUUUGGCUUCAGUUUCAGUGUUGCGGUUUUUUUUUUAAUAUUUGGACUCUCUCGAAGACGGAUUGAGACGCUGCACCGGCUGGUGUUUAAGUGAGAGGAAUCGGACGAGUUCAAAAGCUGGAAAAUGGACGAAGAGGAGAGCCUCGACUGCCCAGUUUGUUUCGAGCAGUACAACGACGGCUCUCGUACCCCGAAGAUGAUGACCUGCCUCCACACCGUCUGCGCCUGUUGUGUUCUCGACCUCCUAGGCCUCGGAAACCAGCGUCAAGGGGCGAGUGAGCCUGAGAUCCCGAAAGGUCAGAGUGUCCAGUGUCCUAUCUGUCGGCAGAACAUUUUGACGGACAAGAUGCAGACGAAUAGGUAUAUCGUUGCUCACCUCCGUCACCUCAUCCGGCUGGGAAGCUUGGACGACGGAGAGACUCAGCACAAGCAUGCCCAGGCUACAGGUGCGGACAGAGUAAAGGCAAUGGGUGUCCCCGUGUUUCCCAUGAAGCAGCAACAUUCUCCUCCCUUGGCUUCCGACCACCCUCUCUCCCAACGGUCCUCGCCUCCUCCUCCUCCUCUUCCUCAGAGGAAUCGACCGCCUCCUUUUCUUCUGAGAACACCUUCUCCUCAAUCCGUCUCCAUGGGUGGUCGUCGAGCCCCCGCGCCUCUCCCCCCUCCUGCAGCUGGUGGAGGAGAGCGAGCACCUCCUCCUGAAGGCAUCGUCGUCCAGCCUCCACCGCCCUUCCCGUUCGGCGGACCUCAGCAGAGUCCUCCGUCAGCUUACCCCUCGCGACCUCUUUCUUCUCGUUCUCCUUCUUCUCCGCCUCCCCCAACUGCUUACCCUCCUCCACCUGCUUACCCCCCUCCACCUUCCCCACCACUUCUAUCUUCCUCUCGCCAUCCUCUCCCUCUUUGCGCUCCACCACCCCUUUCUCCCUACCCUAUUCCCCCUCCUUCUUCAUCCUCUCCCUCAGUCCCCCCUCCAAGCAAGCUGCACCAAAUAUACCCAACUCUUUCGCGAUUCUCUGAAGACUCGAACCUCCCCCCCCGCCCACGACCUCCCUCUGACUCGACGUCCCCUGUCUCCCCGUCAGCGCCCCCUUCCGGAGAGAACCUGGACGAGGAUCUGUGGUGCAGAACGUGCGAAGAACCAGCCAGGAAGCUCUGCAUAGACCAUGAAGUCGUUCCUCUUCUGAAGGGAGACGAGGUUACCUGGAUCGAAGAGCUGCAAGGGAAACAGAAGCAGGAAGAACAGGAUUUGGCGCUGGCUGUUCAACUGUCUGAGGUUUCAUUGCUUGAAUUCUCGAUCUCCUCUGAAUCUUCCUCCCCUGCCCCUGCCUCGCCUACCAGCCCCAGUGGCAUUGUUCCUGUCGGCAGAAGGCAGGGCGUCUGGAAGGGCAUGGCAUCAUCAAAGGCUAAGAAGAUCGAAGUCAGUACAUGGACUUAUAAUGAGAUUCGCCAUGCUAUUAACACCUCUUAUGAUCCCCUGUUGGUUAAGCAUUGCCACAAGGAGCUCCAAAGACGAUGGAAGGAAUACAGUCGAACGAUGAAGAAGAAACAGAAGAAAGAGAAAAAAAAAUUGCGUUAACAAAACACCGCAAAACGAUGGAGUGUAAGAAGGAAUUUCAUCAACGCCUCAAAAACUAUACUGCCUGGAAGAGGAACAAAAACAACACGGCGCCUUGACCCACUUCCUCCCAUGUCAGGUCGAAGGAGGUCACGCGAGACGAAGAAAACAACGUAUUUGCUUUUGAUGAAAUGUCGAUACUAUUAUUAAUGUUAUUGUUAUUGUUAUUAUUGUUAGAAUCAUUUUCAUUAUCAUUAUGAUUUUUUUUCAAUUCUUACUAAUGAUGCUAGUGAUAUCACUAU